AUGUCUACAACGUCCCAUGCAAGAGCUCACGCGAUAUCAGCUGGCAGGGUGACAGGGGGUCUGAAUGAAUGGGGAGGCCACCAUACAGGGGCGGCACCAAAGGGUACACAGAAUAUACAGGGCGGCAUGAGGGAGGCGUCGGCGCGUCCUCCUGAGCCGGCCAUGCAUUGUCGGAUCAUACAAGCGAGGGCUGGCGCGACAGGGGUGUCAUGGGCGUCGCCACCAACUUCAGUUGCGAAGGUUUUCCUGCCAGAUCCUGGCCGCCCUUUCCAGCAGCUCGCUGCCGAGCACACUCUGGCGCAGCUCUGGCGGCGGGAAGGGCGCGUGCCCUGUCUCGAAAAACACCUGAUUGUUGAGAAGGAGGGCAGGUUGACAACCGAUCGAAGAAGGGCCUAA